CAUUAGUAAAGCUAUUCCCUGGAAAAUAUGACAACAUUGCACAGUACAAUUACGAUAUAGAGCAUACACCAAUCGCAAAGCGACAUCUGCAUCUCAUUACCACUGCAACACCGGAGCAGGUGCCAGUUCUCAUUGGUUAUCAAAGUUUUUAUGUAGAACAGUACCUCAAUGGAAACACCAGUGAUGUUAUCCGGCAGAGAAUCUACUCUUACGGAAUUGACGCAAAAACAAAUGAAGUUGUACUGAAGCUAUAUUCAUUUAAAGACCCUUCCAAAUUUCUUCACGCUCCUCCUAAUUCCCCGAUGUUUACAGCUCUUACCAUGGGGGAUAUAAUAUAUGCUGAAGGAUGUGACGUAUACUGGACCAGGCUUGCGGAUAAUUACUUCCGGUCUCACAUGUUUAAUACGUGCAUUGUAAACAUAGGUGGCACUGAGGUUUUGAUUAUUGAUCGUAAUAAUCUAACAGACGCCUAUCUUACAGCCGACGAAACUUGGAUUUUCUACAAGAAUCAGUCAGUUCUGAAAGUUUAUCCAUCUCCAUAUAAUAUGACAAAAUUUCCACUCAAAUAUCAGGAAUCUAACGUGAUACCACAAAAACAUAUUGGCGAUACUGUGAAAGGACAACUGCUCGAUUUCAAUUCAUUAGUUACAGCUCUAACUACAGGACAUGCGGUGCGGUAUUUUAUCUCUCCUGGCCAAUGUCAAGUCAGUUCACCAAGUGGUAAAAUGAUGGUUCAAGGUGGCUAUAUAGAAGAUUUUGAAUACUUUUUUGAUCCCUUGUUUGGACCUCAGCAUUAUUUUGGUUUCUCCACAUCAAACGUGGCAUUAAAUAAGUCUGGCGAAUUGGUAAUGGUGUUAAAGGAGGGUUUUGUAUAUGAAAAAGAUGGAGUCCACAUGAGAAUCACGACUUUGACAUCUGACCUGUCUAUUGUUCUGGAUAUUGUCACCAUCAACUGUAGCUUUUCAGCAUCUGGGUCUAGUGUACAGUUUUAUACUAGUUUUAAACAAAUAACACAUAUUUCAUCAACCUAUGAUCUCUACACAGCCUUAAAACAAGGUGCCAGUGUUCGAUUUACUGCUGAUUAUAGAGGAUGUACUGGUAUAUCAGCUGGAGCAAUAUCAGGUGGAGUUAUCCAAGAUUAUGACUAUGUCCAAGCAACACAGGAAGUAAGGGUUACCCAAUCAAAACUGAUAACCAAUUAUCAAGGAGCAGGAUUUGUAACAGAUAUUGUGAUUGGCCAGUUUUUUGGUAACAACAGCGUCACAUUCUAUGCGUCUGAUGUCACAGUGACAACACAUCAGCCUGUUUAUAAAGAGAACAUUUACUGUUCUUUGUCUGGGAGCAACCCAAAUGGGACCGUUGAUUUAUAUCAUAUUCCAUAAGCA